CGAAUACGGAGGUAGUGUCUGUUUCAGCAUGGGUCCCAAAGCAAAAAAGUCUGGCACUAAGAAAAAGAGAAUCACCAAAGCUGACCGACUGAAGCAGCUACAAGAGGAGGAGGAGAAACGACAAAAGGAGGAAGAGGAAGCCCGUGUGAAAUACGAAAAAGAAGAAAUGGAAAGACUUGAAAUACAACGAACUGAGAAAGAAAAAUUGCGAAAACUUGAAGCAAAAGAUCUAGAAAGAAGAAAUGAAGAGCUUGAAGAACUUUAUUUAUUAGAGGCAUGUUUUCCUGAAGCAGAGAAAUUGAAACGAGACAGUAGAUUGCUUUCUCAGUGGAAACACUACAUUCAAUGUGAUGGAAGUCCUGAUCCUUCAAUUUCCCAAGAAAUUAAUACUUUUAUUAGCUUGUGGAAAGAGGAACCCAAUGAGACUUUUGAGGCAGUGACUGCAAAGAGUAAACUAGUGCUAAAUUUAAUUGAGAAAUUGAAGUUAAUUUUAUUGGAAACUCCAUCAUAUGAUUUGCAAGAGAAAAAUAUAAUACAGUACCAAGGAUCAAUUCUAGAACUGCAGGAGCUCCUUCAUCUUAAGUUUAACAUAGCCACAGAAAUACUUCUCAGACAAGCUAGUACUUUAGCAGAUCUGGACAGUGGAAACAUGGAAAAAGUCAUUCGAGAUGAAAAUGUUACUCUAUAUGUAUGGGCAAACCUCAAGAAGAAUCCAAGGUACAGAAGUAUCAGAUUCUCUGAGACACAAAUUGGAUUUGAAAUUCCAAGGAUAUUAGCAACAUCUGACAUUGCUCUACGACUCCUGCAUACUCACUAUGAUCAUGUCACGCCAUUAGGCCCUGUUCCAACAGCAUCACAAGAACACACUUCCACGGUAACUUACUUUGGCAAAGACGAAGUUAAGAGUGUAGAAGCAGCAGUCAGCAAACAUCUCCAAGAAGAGUAUAAAGAACAAGAAAAUGAGUCUAACUCAGUUCAUGAGGAAGAAACAAAAGUUGAGGAACAAGGUGGUAUUGAAGGACAAACGUCCCUGGAACCUGUGCAUGUGAGCCCCACCGGCCACCAGAGACAGAGUUCUGUCCAGGAAGAACCUGAAGCCACAAAAUAUGAACUGGAGAUGAAAUUAUUAAGUGAAACAGUUUCAGCAGCGCAGUUGUUGCUGUUAGAGAAUGCCCCCGAAAAGCCAUAUUUCUCUGAAGAAAAUGAGGUUGAUUUAUGCCAAUUCACAGCUCUGGGUGGAGUGUACCACUUGGAUAUUUUGGAGCUUCCUCCACAGUGUAAACCGAGGAAGGGCUGGAUGAUUGUGGAAAUACUCAACGAAGGAUUACAGAAAUAUACAUAUCCUCCAGAAACUGCAGAAAACACUGAAACAGAAAACGCUUUCCCACCCAUAGAGGUCAUGCUUGAGGUUCACGAGAACGUAAUCUUUUUUGAGAAUCCUGUGGUUGCAAGGUGGGAUGCUGAAGGUAAACACUGGAAAACUGACGGCAUCAGCAAUGUAUCUUACAAAUCAGAAGACAGACUUAUAACAUUCAGCCUGGAAACUUUUGGCCCUGUUACCUUGAUUCAAGAUGCUCAUGUUAAUAUGCCAUACCAGUCAUGGGAGCUAAGACCACUUGAUGUGAAUAAAGUACUUCUGACUGUGACUACAGUAUUUACGGAGAUUCAAAUACAAAUUAAGGAAAACCUCUGCAUGUUAGCGUCAAUCAAACUAAAUAACAAAAAGCAUUCCUCUAUUUUGGAAGAAAAGUGGAUGACUCCUGUUUCUUUCAUUAUUGCUUUGAAAGAAGCUGGACUGAAUAUCUUCCCUACUGGACACUCUCACUUUUAUGUUGUUAUAAACUAUAAGCUUCCUUUGGUAGAAGUGAAAGCUUAUCGACAAAUGGCCCUGCUAAGUUCUGCUUUUGCGUUUGGUUGGAGCAAGUGGAAUACAGUAUGUGAUUCUGGAAAAGUUGUAUUUCAGGUGAGGGAACACCUUCCUAAAGAAGAACCCAUUCAAAAUCCUAAUUGGACCCUUUUAAUGUUUAGUGGUGAUAGGGCACAAAGUCUCAAAAUCAAUGAAUCCAGUGAUGCAUUCUCUGAAGCCCUUAAAGAAGAAACUGAGUUUCACUCUACUUUAUAUCACAUGGUUAAGGAUUUUGCUUCUAAAGAAGCAAUGAAGAAAGUUAGGUGUUCCAGCUGCCAGUUUGUUGACUCUGUAUGCCACAUGCUACUUUCAGCUAGAUUACUCAGCUAUUCUUAAUCCCCACUGAUGAAUUUUAUUCAGUAUGAAGAAUGAAGCAACUUGGAGAAAAAUCCGGUAUUUCUACAAUAAAGUAUAAUGAGUGAAUAUAUGCCAAAUAGGCUGUUAAAAUGAUCUAAUCAGCAUUUUAUACUCAAUUUUUAUUUUUUAAGAAUUAGGGUUUUUUUCCUUAUGCAUACGUGACCUACUGAGACUUCCAACGUUCACUGUAUGAAAAUUUGAAUGGUUCUUUAUUUCAAUAAAUUUUAACAAACAA